UCAACACAGCUCAGCUUCAUUCGCUCUUCAAGAAGGGGUCUUAAAUGCCGAUCGAAGUACUCAAACAAACUUUAUACCAACGUUAAAAUAACUAGUGAGCUUUCGUAGAGUGAACGGUCCAUUGCACCAUAUAGCGCUCCGACGUGCCGCUUAAAUUAGUCCUAUAGUUUAUUUUACAGUUAAAAGUGUUGUUUUUUUCCGCUGUUGUUCUGGUAUCUUCGCUAAGGCUAAUGUCAGUCAGUCAGACCAACUCAUGUGUUUGAACUUCUUCAGAGAACGAGUCCAGUCCCGGUGACAGCAGCAGAGCGAGCUGUGUGUUCCGCUGUUCCAACUCCUCUUCAAUCUAUCAUCAUGAGCUUGUCCAAAGAGUGAAAACGAAAAUUGGAAACGAAAGUGUUUUUUUUUAAAGUACAAACGAAGAUAUCUUCCCAACCCAAGUGGGUGUUAUCUGAAGGAGUCAUGGAGCCUUCACCGGACCUCAGGGAACAUACGGUGAAGACAUCACACAACGACUCCCAUGUUCCAGACCACUCAGACACCAGGCCUAUGGAGAUGCAAGACCUAGCCAGUCCUCAUAACAGUGUGGUGGGCGGAGACUCAUCAGGCUCCAAGCUGACAGGUUCCUCUGUCACUACCAAUGGAACUGGAGGAGAGACCAUGACUAUUCUAAACACGGCUGAUUGGCUGCUGGGCUGCAGUAGCCCGCCCCCUGGCCACAGUGGAAAGGACUAUGUUAAAACAGAACCUAAUAACAUCAGUGAGACAGCCAGGACUACAGGAGACACAACACUUGACAGCUACGCAGGAUCAGUCAUUACCAGCAGUGGAUACAGCCCUCCAUCUGCACACCAGUACUCCCCACCCAUCUACCCCUCCAAGCCGUACCCCCACAUCCUGUCCACACCAGCAGCCCCGCCCAUGCCAGUGUACGCCGGCCAAUCCCAGUUCACUAGCAUGCAGCCGUCGACCGUCUACACCGCAUACUCCCAGACUGGCCAGGCCUACGGACUGUCUACCUACGACCUGGGUGUGAUGCUACCAGGUAUGAAGACAGAGGGGGGUCUCUCCCAAACCCCCCUACAGACCAGCCUCAACUACACGCCACAGCCUGGACAGACAGCCUACUCACCAUAUCAGAUGCCAGGGUCCAGUUUCACGUCAUCAUCUGGUCUGUACUCCAGUAACAACUCUGUGUCCAACCCAGCCAACUACACUGCUCCACAGCAGGACUAUCCAUCGUACACAACGUUUGGCCAAAACCAGUACGCCCAGUAUUACUCCGCCUCCACCUACGGAACCUACAUGACGUCCAAUAGCAUGGAUGGAACUGGCUCCUCGUCGGCCUAUCAGCUGCAAGACUCCAACCCCGUCAUGACAGUACAGGCCAAUGAGCUCCACCCAGGGGACGCGGUGCAGAGCCCCAUGAAGGAACUGGAUGACCGCGGCUGUCGGAGUGGGGGAGGAGCUAAAGCCAGGGGGAGGGGCCGCAAGAACAACCCCUCACCGCCCCCCGACAGUGACCUGGAGAGGGUGUUUGUCUGGGAUCUGGAUGAGACCAUCAUAGUGUUCCACUCUCUGCUGACAGGCUCCUACGCACAGAAAUAUGGCAAGGACCCUCCCAUGGCGGUGACACUGGGACUGAGGAUGGAAGAGAUGAUCUUUAACCUGGCAGACACACACCUGUUCUUCAAUGACUUAGAGGAGUGUGAUCAGGUCCAUAUUGAUGAUGUGUCAUCGGACGACAACGGACAGGACCUGAGUACUUACAGUUUUGCAACUGAUGGCUUCCAUGCAGCGGCGACCAGCGCGAGUCUGUGCCUGGCGACGGGCGUCCGCGGAGGGGUGGACUGGAUGAGGAAACUAGCCUUCCGCUACAGAAGAGUCAAAGAGAUGUAUAGCACAUACAAAAACAAUGUGGGGGGCCUGUUGGGCCCUGCUAAGAGGGAUGCGUGGUUACAACUGAGAGCUGAAGUAGAGGCUUUAACAGACUCCUGGCUCACCAACGCACUCAAGUCCCUGUCAAUCAUCAGCUCCAGGAGUAACUGUGUAAAUGUGUUGGUAACAACAACCCAGCUGAUACCAGCAGUGGCUAAAGUUCUGUUGUAUAGUUUAGGAUCUGCCUUCCCUAUUGAGAACAUAUACAGUGCAACCAAAAUAGGCAAAGAGAGCUGUUUUGAGAGAAUAGUCUCCCGCUUCGGCAAUAACAUUACCUAUGUUGUGGUUGGCGACGGGCGGGACGAGGAGCAUGCAGCCAGCCAGCACAACAUGCCAUUCUGGAGGAUAUCCAGUCACUCUGACCUGCUGGCGUUACACCAAGCACUGGAGUUUGAAUACCUGUAACUGUUACCGUAGCAACAGAAUGUUACUGUAACUGUUACCGUAGUAACGGACUGUUACUGCAACUGUUACUAGAGCACGGAAUAUUACUGUAACUGUUACUAUAGCAACAGACUGUAAUUGUAGCAACGGACUGUUUCUGUAACUGUUCUGUAACUAUAGCAACAGACGGAACACACCAGUACUACUACUACUGCUACCACCUGUAAUGGUUACCAUGGCGAUGGCAACGGGAGACAGACUGUAGUCCCCUCCCCCCGGCCUUCUUGUUUUUGUAUAUCUAUUUAAGAAAACAACCACAGUACACUGCAACUUUUUGGUUUUGUCUUCAUUUCUUUGUGUCUUUAAAAACAAUACAUCUGGAUUUGAGUACUCUGAACUGUCUUAAGACAACUAGGACUGAGAGAGGAGAGGAGAGGAGAGGAGAGGAGAAGGACCUGAACUGGAACACUUAUCACUCCUGCUGGACGAGCCCAUGAAAUAACAUCCACGAAAUGCAUCCCAAGUGGCACCCUAUUCCCUAUGUAGUGCACUACUGUUGACCAGGGCCCAUGGGGCACCCAUUAGGAUAUUAGUCAACGGUAGUGCACUAAUGCUUCAGCUGUAACCUACAGAUCUGCACUCUCAAUAUGAAGAUGCUCUAGCCUGUCUGAACCGCUCACUCACUCAUGUAAAUUAUUUCACAGCAAGUAGUUUUAAAAUGGCAGAGGUGGAUAUUGUGUUUUUGAAUGAAAAAGAGGCUUAAUUUUUUUGAGUUUUUUUUUUUGUUGUCUUUGUUUUUUUGUAAGGUUUAAUUAAGGAGAAUGUGCGUCAUGAUGUGUCGUGUCUUAUAAACAUGUUUGUGUGUUUACUUUGUCACUUUUUGUUCAUUUGGAAAUGUCUAUAUAAGUAGAUAAAAAUAACUACAUGAAAAGUCAAAGACCUCA